GUUAUUCUAGGCUUGGUAAUGACCGCGUACAGCACGCUGGUUAUACACAUGGGAUCCUUAACUAGGAUACUUUUCAUGGUGAGCACAGCAAUCACGGCGCCUUUUGUCGGAUUGUGCAUCUUGGCUGUGCUGUUUCCUUUUGUUCACUGCAAGGGCGCCGGCGUGGCGACGCUCUUGAUGGUUGUCUACCAAUUGUGGCACAUGGCUGAAGCUAUCAAAGGAGGAACAAGAGCUGCAAGGCUUCCAGUGUCUCUUAACUAUUGCCCUGGGAACCAAACUAGCACAUUUGCAGCACUUAACAUUACCUCGACAGUACCAAACAUCGGGACUGAAGGAACGUUCUUCAUCUUUCGCCUGUCAUACUUCUGGAGCAGCUUCUUCGCUUUCAUCGGAACUAUUGUCAUUGCAGUAUUUAUAAGUGCGGUUACAGGCGAAAUUAAGACAAGAGAGGAGAAAAGGCUAUGCAAUGAUGCCUUAGUGCGACUAUGGGAGAAGAUCAGUGGUUACGCGUCGAAAAAGGAACCUCACGCUACAAAUUGCAGCUACGAGGAACAUUGUGUAUAUAAACCAGAAGGCGAAAGCCUCGUCAUGCACGAACGACCGCCUCACGUAUAGAGAAGAGAUUUCCUCCAAGCUGACCG